AUGACAGUCGUUCAAACACGUGAUCGAUGUCGAAUUUGUUUUUCAUUAUUAAAAGAUCCAUAUUUUCAUCGUUCUAGUUCAUUAUUUCGUUCAUCAAUUUGUUGUCAAAAACAUUAUCAUAUUUAUAAAUAUUUUAAACGUAACAGUGCAACAAAUACAACACCUAAUUCAUCACCAUCAACAUUAGUAUGUUUUCGUGAUUUAAUUGUACGAUAUUUGCGUACAAAUUUACCGCGUACAGCUGUCGAUGAUCCAAAUCAAUCACAUUGGAUAUGUUCAGAUUGUUCUCGUACGCUAUUAGAUAUUGAACAUUGUGGAAAAUAUAUACGUCAACAAAUAAAUGACUUAAAAACAAAAUUAAAAAAGUCAAACCGUCUAUUAACGUCAUCCAUAUCGGUUACAUUUCAGCAAAAACAACAGCAAACGAAAAUUAAUAGUGUCCAACGUCAACGGAAACAAGAAAGCAGCAAUAGUAAACCGAAUACGACAGCAGAUGAUGACACAAAAAUCGAAAGUAGUUAUUUGAAUACAAAUCAUUGUAAUGAAAUUGAAGAUGAGGAAGAAGAAGAUGACGAAGAUAUCGAAGAUGAAAUCGAUGAAGGCGACUUGGAAGACGAAGAAGAAAGUAAUAAAUAUGUUGAACGACCAAGAUCGCUGUUAUAUAACAGUCAUGUUGACGAAAGAAUAAUUAGUUCAUUGGACUUGUCACCCACUUCAUCAUUAUCAUCAUCGACAACAACGUCUUCAUCACAUUGUAAAACAAAUUGCAAUUGUAAAGAACCAAUAGUUUUACGCGAAAAACAACAACGCAAUAUUCUUCGAAUAGAAACUCCUCCUCCAACUGCAGGUGGACUUGUCAAUAACAAUGGGUCAACAUUUUCAUCUUCCGAGCCAGCACGUCUUUUAACAAUUGCAUCAACACCAUCCACUAACAUAAGAGAUGAAAUUGGUGGUAAUACAAUGAAUUUAUUGGAUGAAACAAAUGUUAGCAGUGAUGACGCGACUACUAUUUUCAAUAACAAUCGUUUAUCAUCUAUUCGUUUAGCGCAGAUGAUGAGUGAUAGCAUGUAUCAAAGAAAUGAUGCAACACCUGAUGAAUCACUAUUAACGAAUUUACCAGCUUCGUUUCUGGCAAAUAUACAAAGAAAUAUAUUAUUCAAAAUUCUUAUGGGUCCAUUUGCCACAACUUUUGCGGCACAAUGCUAUGAACAACAACAACAGCAAACUUCAUCUUUAUCACAUCAAAAUAUUGCAACAAAUGUAGCAAUAUCACCAACCAUUACGGAAGAUUUAGAUCAUGGCAAUGCUUCAUCGUUAUCUACAUCUACAGUAACAACUUUAAACAUAGUCGAUAAUUCUCUGAAUGGCGCUCAGCAAGUGUUUGAACAAAAACUACGGCAAGGGCGAAAACGAAAAUCACAUCCGAUCAAAAAUCAGAAAUUUUUGGACGCGACAGAUAAUAAUACGAAAGGUUUGAACAACAAUAACCUUCAACACCACGGAAGCAACUCAGGCAAUAUAUCACCUAUGGAUGAGGCACAUUAUCAACAACAGAACCAAACUGACUUACGCUCAAGGCCACAUUCAGCUGAAACAAUAACAAGUGUUACCCCAAUAACACUUAACGUGGCAGCUACUAUGACUGAUAAUAAUAGUGAUGAAACUGGAAACAAAUCGCAUAAGGAUGAUACGUCACCUCAACGAACAGCAAUAAUAACACCAACCGAACGAGUUCAGUUGCAACAUCAAACAGUUUCAUUAAGUUCAAUAAUGAACAUGACGCAUAAUAAUCACGAUAAACCGGUUGAAUUAACAGUAAAAAAUAACCAUUCAACUAUUCAACAAGUAACACCAUCGCAAUCAAAAUCUUUCAUGUCGACUGAUGUGCAUAAUUUAGUCAUGAAAUCAUUAUCCGAAAAUAAUGUUAAUAAAUUUCUCGGUUUUACGAUUCCAAAUAAGGAUACAGAGCAUGGUGAAGAUCUAAGUGAUAAAACAUCGAAUGAUUCUUCUGGAAAACUUCUGUCAGCCGCAUCUUCACCAUCGUUAUCUCGACGUCCAUCUAAACGACCUCGACAAUCAUCAUCUAGUCGAAGUAUUAGUGCAUCGAAUAAAAACAAUCGUAUAAAUUAUACGAAUAGUAUUGAACCUGGAGCAGUGUUUGUCGAAACGUUGACGACAACAAAUGCCCAUAUCAAGAAUGAAAAACAUCGACAUUCAUUACAAAAUGAAAGUUUGUCCCCGAAUAACCAUGAUAAUACUAGUGCAACUAAUCGUCCACAACGUAAACUCGAUCCUCGAACCUGUGCUGAAUGUGGGAAAGUAUUAUUUAAUGAUAAACAACAUCUUUUACAUUGUCAGAGUCAUGCAAAAAACGAUAAACAAUGUUGGAUAUGCGGCUCAAUAGACGAUGAUAUGAAAAAACAUAUUUCUACUAUACAUGGAAAUCAAAAGUUUACAAGUGUUGGUUUUCAAUGUCAACAUUGUGAUAAAGUAUUUCCAGUAUUUGCUGAUCUCGAUUUACAUUUGCGGGAACAUAGUAAGAAAAAGCCAUUCGAAUGUCCAAUCUGUUCGAAACGGUUUGGACAACAAGGAAAUUUAAGUUGCCAUUUACGAAUUCACACUGGUGUCAAACCAUUUAAUUGUAAUAGUUGUGGAAAAGCAUUUCGUCACUCGAACAGUCUUCGACGUCAUUCGCGUACGGUCCAUUCAGCAACACGUGGUUUAUCAAUUAGUACAUCACCAUUACUUGUUUCAUCUUCGUCUGUUAACCCAAUAACUACAUCGCCUCAUCACACCACUUCGCUAUUGAAUAGACGUCACAGUAGCAGUAGUAAUAAGAAUACAAAUAUUCUUGAAUUGUCGCAUCGCCGAUUAUCAACGGGUCUCAAUGUUUAUUCACCACCUCCGUUACCGUCUGAUCCCAUGUCUGAUGUUGAUACAACAUCAUCUUCAACCGGUAUGGCUUCACCAGGCCUGCUUGAUUCAUCAUCAUCCUCUGUACGAAAUACAAAUGAGAAAAGUGAUGUUGUGGGAUGCACAAACUAA